ACUUUUAAUUUUAUACGUCUCGCAUAGAUUUUUAAAAAUAUCGGGUUUAUUUUAUAAAAAUAUAAUUUACUUAUGCACCUAAUUUUCCAAGCAUUUGCAGAUAUUUGAGGCUGUAUAAGUCCACUAUGACAUUUUCAAAUUUUUGUGCUUUACUGAGUCACAGUAACUAAGAACUCAUUUAAAAACGUAUGUCAAGUAUUGCAGACCAAAUAUAAGAAUACUGUUAAAGACUUUUGAAAAUCAAUAAGUAUAGUUGAUUAAAAUGUGCCAUUGCUUUGUAAAAUACAAUUUGAAGAUGAUAAUUCGAUAAUUCAAGAUGAAAUAAAUUGCAGAGAACAUAUGUACGUCGAUUCGUUUUUCAGUUCUAAUUACUACAUUUAUUCGUAUUGGUAAAGAUAAAUUUACAAGUCAAACGUGUGAUAAGGAAGUUUACAUUUCAGCGAUAAUGUCUAAUACACGGAAGAGAAAUAAUUUUAGCAAAGCCUUCAAGAAUGUCAGUGAGCUGACUGAUGUGAUUUCUGUGGUUAUAUAUUGCGUUGAUGAUAAAACGUACUUGAUUGCGCAUGACUAUAAUUUAGAUUAUCACAUUCCGUAUGUGCCCGUUUCGACGUAUUCUUGGAAAUUACAAGUUCAAAACUUUGUUAAAGAGUAUCUUGGAGUCACAGUAGAAAUUAAUGCACAUCUGUGGAGAAUUAUUCGAUUUUGGAAAUCUGAUGAGGAACCAUAUCUUCUUAAUACAAUAUUUGAAAUACCUAUCUGUAAAGACACCAAAAAUAAAGCUAAGAUUUAUAAGCUGAAUCAAGUUAGCAAAACAUCGUGGAUGACUCAGGAAGAUUUUGAGCAGUUGUACUAUUCAGAGGAGCAUAUGAUGUGCCCUGACGUUGUUAUCCAUAUCACUAUUGGACAUGAACCGGCUGCGAAUUUGGCAUUAUUGAAGGGCUGCGCUAUCGUUCAAAAUUAUAAUUUAGUAGAAGUCACAAAAGAACAAGUUAUUGAGAAUAGUCGAAACCAUGUUUAUGACAAUUUACUCAGCGGCUUAACUCUUACAGUUUCGGAUAUAACCGUAUUACAUAAUGAAUAUUUGAAAUUCACUUAUCCAAAUAUUAUUAUGGGAACCCAAGGGCUAUACAGGUUUGGAAGCGUUGUAGGUUGGAAUGAUUACUUACGGAUCACGGCUUUUAGGGGAGCCGAUAUGGAUGGUAAACGUGGCAUAACGUUUCGAGAAUUCCUUUAUUUGAUAUAUGCUGUGGAUCCAUUCGCAGAGUUCAAAGGGAAUGCAUUAGAAGCCAGAAAUAGAUUUGUUUUCAAGUGUUUUGACUUGAGCAAAGAUGAUAAACUAUCUCCACAAGAAUUCACCGCUCUGAUACAGUCUGUACAAGCUUCUCGAAGGUCGAGUGAUGGACCUAACAUUUCGAUCGAUGUUGAAAUAGAAGUAACAUUGAGGGCAAUGGAUCUUCGACCAGGAACUGAUGUACCCAUGAAUACCUUUCUUCACAUUGCUGGAACAUCUAGGUUUUCUUACUUUCUAAAUGUGCUCAGGGCCUCUAAUACUAUCAGAGAAUAUAUAUGUAGCAUUAGGGACAGAAAAGCACUGCAUUCACCUCCUAAAAUCAAAUCUUGUUCCGACAACGCCAUACCGAGGUCAAAUAGACAAGAUUUUAUUUUAUCUAGUUACAUUUCUAGAAUAGACCACGGCGUUGUAGCAGAGACUAUCGACAUUGAUAAGGUAGAUGGAAUAGUUUUGAGAGAUAUAAAGAGGCCAUUGGAAAAGUCUUCGUCCGCAGACAUAUAUUCCGUAAAUGCAUUACCACAAAAUGAAAUUCUGAGGUAUUUAAAAUAUUUUGCGAAUUCCGAGAACAACCAGAACGAAGACGAACUUGUGAAACAUAAUGUAGUUAGGACUAGUGAACGUCCAAAGGAAAAGUUUUCUUGGGGCUGGGUUGAUAUAGAAUAUUUUAUACAGCUUCUUAUUCGAGUAUGUGAAAAUGUAACACACAUAUUCAAUGAAGAAAAAAGAAUGCUCCUCUUGAAGUCUCCUGUUUACAUUAUAGGUGAUAUACACGGCAACUUCCAGGACCUCUGCUGCUUCGAGAGGAACAUUUGGCCUCUCGGCAUCUCUCUUCUCCCGUGCAACCUCCUCUUCUUGGGGGACCUCGUCGACAGGGGAGAGAACGGUAUUGAGACAGUCGCCUAUCUCUUCGCUCAAAAAAUUCGAUUCCCUCAGUCGUUAUUCCUCAUCAGGGGUAACCACGAGAUUCGUUCUACUCAGAAGCAGAAUGUUCACUACAUUACCUUCUACAAGGAGUGUGUAAGACGCUGUGGGCUCGAGCUUGGAAUUAAACUGUGGAAUGCCGUGAACGAUGUUUUCGAUUGCAUGCCGUUGGCAGCUACUGUAGACAACAAAGUAUUCUGCUGCCAUGGGGGCAUACCUCCGCCUUGGGUCUGCCCUACCAUUCAUGCUAUACAGAGCGUACCGACUCCGCUUCCAAAUCCUGAAAUCAAUGGGAUCGCCUGGGAAUUAAUGUGGAACGAUCCGGCAAGGGAGUGUCAAAUAACUGAAAAAGUUAAACUGGAGAUGGCAGCCAACGAAGGUUUCGGCAAUAACAUCAGAAGAUCAACUGGGCAUAUCUUUAACGAAAAAGCCUUGGACAAGUUUCUUCAAGUGAACCAGUUGUCAUUUCUCGUUCGAGCACACGAAUCUCAAAAAGCGGGAUUUCAGAUUCAUCACAAUUGGAAAAUGUUGACAGUGUUUUCUUCAUCUUUUUACUCCAGCCAAUAUAACAAGGCUGCGUGCGCUUUAAUCCAGAGCAACGGUAAAAUAAAAGUUGUACAGCUGACAACAGAUGAAUAUCAUCCAGAAAAAAUAAGAGAUUCAAGAAAACACGAUUAAAAGAUUUUUUUUUU